UUACUGUUUCGAUAUAUGUUUUCGAUAUUUAUUCGCGUCCUUUCCUCGUAAUUUCUUUUUAAAGAAAGGAUUAAGAAACGAAAAAAAGGAGAAGGAGAUUGAGAAAUUAAAUUAUAAUUAACAUCCAGUAUUGAUAAUUACCUCCGCUCACCUGGACUAGUAUAGGAUAGGUAAAUUCUUGAGAUGGAACCUGCUCCCGGACAAUUUCACCACCCUGAUGGUUUCAUCGCGAAAUACCUACGGUCGAUGUCAGCAAGAUCUUCGUUCCCUUUUCCAAUCGCACCCACUCAGAUCCACGACAUAUCAUCUGCUUCGUAUAUAAAGUACUUCAGAUCAAUAUGGACGUCUCUGACAACAGCGAUUUAUCCCGCUGUCGACGGGAUCACACAAGAUGACUUCGUUCUAAUGUGUCGCCACUUACUAGUCGCUAGACUAAAUCAUGUCAACGCUGAGUAUUAUGAUGGCCGGAGUCUUGCGCCAGGCUGCAGUGUGCUUCCACUCAGCCUAAGUAACGUCCUUAACGGAAUUGGCGUCGUCACCACUCAUGAAGGUGGCGUCGUCAAUGUUCCACGAUACGGUGGAGAGCCAGCUGACAAUGAGCUAACAUCCACAACGGCAGCCAUAGAAUCUGGCUUCGCAAACCUAAUUCUGGCCUGCAAGGUUAGAGACAGCAUGUCAGAAGAAGUCGCUACUGGUAACAACAAUGACGUUAUCGUUCGAGCCAGCUUUAAAGAAUGGACGCCUAAAGAUGCAUUGUAUGCAUCGAUCGUUCAGAAUGGAGCAACCGGAGUUUCUUCUGUAGAUAAAUCCAACGUGUGGCAUUCCAACUACAUAUCAAACGUAUUAGGGAUGCGCCACUCCUUCAACCUAGGAGUAUAAUCAUUAUUAUUUAUUUGUUUAGUUAUAAGUUAUCCAUGUAACUAUUUACCUCUAUUCCAAAAAAUGUAAAGUUUUCUAAUAAAGGGGGUGUUCCCUAGAACGCAGGUUCAUAAGAACUUCUAGGCACCCGUCCAAAACAAA